UGAAUCAUCUGCAGUAUCUAAUCACUGAGUCUGGUCUUGCACGCGAGAGACAGUUAAGGCCUUUUGGAGUCGGCAGAGGAAGUCCUGGGACUGGUGAGUCGGUGAAUUAUUUCGGCUAAUUCUUCUAGUUUUCCUUUAAAAUACAGGCCUCUAAAAACCAAAAACGCAGAAUAAUGAUGUGCAAGCUGAUUCAUGUGAAAAUGACUCAUUGGGCGGGUCAGGAUUGGCACUGUAGGCAGCCUAAAAAUAGACUUCCAAAUAUCUUUCUGUCUUUAAAUAUGAUGGAAAAACAAAUAUGCAAAAUGAAUAAAUUGCAUUUUCUCCUGCAGAGUUCUCAAAAUGUCACUGAGUUUCAUUGCUUCGCUGCCAGAGGACCAUUUUCAGUGUUCGAUCUGCAUGAACGUCUUCAGCGAUCCCGUCACCACACCAUGUGGCCACAGCUUCUGCAAAGCCUGCCUCAGCCAGCACUGGGGCGAUGGAGAGUUGUGCCACUGCCCAAAGUGCAAUAAAAGAUUCUAUGCAAUGCCUGAGUUCUCCACGAACACGCUCAUCGCGGAGAUUUCAGACCAAAUAAAGAGGAGAAAAGUGGAGGCCGUAGAAGUCACGGAUGCACCGGGGCUAGUGAAGUGCGAUGUGUGUGUGGAAAUGAAGUUCAGGGCCUCCAGGUCGUGCCUGGUGUGUCUGACAUCGUACUGCGAGGCCCACCUGGAGCCUCACCACAGAGUUCCUUCCCUGAUGAGACACAAGCUGGUCGAGCCAGUGGACAAUCUGGACGAUAGGAUCUGCGAGAAGCAUGAGAGGCUCCUGGAGUUUUUCUGCAGGGAUGAACAGGUCUGCAUCUGUCUGCUGUGCACCGAGGCAGACCACAAAGACCACGAGACGGUUACUGUAGAGGAAGAAGCGGCUCAGCAGAAAGAAACUAUUGAGUCUAAACAAGCAAAGAUCGGACUGAUGAUCGAAGAAAGAAUGGAAAAGAUACAGGAAUUUACAGAUUUCUCUGAAAUCCACAGAGAGAAAGCAAACAUAGAGAUUGAAAGCAGCAAUGUCUUCUUCAAUACUCUGAUCAACCACGUGCAAGUGAUGCAAACUAAACUGCAGUCGAACAUCCAGGAAAAGCUCCGGAAGUCCCAGAACAAAGAUGAAGCCGUGAUCCGAGAGCUGCGCGACGAAAUCGCAGAGCUGCAGAGAAGGCAUGCGGAGCUGGAGAUGCUGUCGCAACAUGAAGACCACCUCCAGCUUCUGCAGACUUUGCAGGCUCUAAGCGCCACCUCAGACGCUAAGGACUGGUCCAAGAUCAAGGUUUACUCAGACCUCUGCGUGCAGACAGUGAGGAGAGCCAUGUCUCAUCUUGUGCACACUUUUCAAGCAGAGCUGAAAACUCUGACAAACACAGAGCUGACAAAAAUGAAACAAUACAAAGAAUCGGUGACCUUUAACACAUCCAUUGGUGGUAGCGGCCUUGUUGUGACUAUGUUCGGGACCCAUCUGAAGUACCGCAGAAGCACAGUCACCUCAUCAUCUGAUGACGACUCAGAGAAGUUCCGUCUUCCCAUCAUUUUGGGGACAAAGGGCUUCGCCUCUGGCCGACACUACUGGGAGGUCCAAGUGGGCCUGAGAAACGACUGGGAUGUUGGUGUUGCAAAAGAGACAGUAGACAGAAAAGGGACAGCAGCUCUGAAAAGAGAAAAUGGAUUCUUUGCCAUAAGAAAGAGAGGGUUCGGCUAUGAAGUUAAAAGUACAUCCUACAUAGUUCUCCAUCUGUGUCCCAGACCAAGAAAUGUAGGGGUUUAUGUGGACUAUGAGGAAGGUAGAGUCUCAUUCUACGAUGUGAACGAAAAGGUGCACAUUUACUCCUUCACAAGGGAGUCUUUCACCGGGAAACUCUUCCCAUACUUUUAUCUGUACAGUAAAGCAAAGAAAUCAGAACCUUUAAUUAUCAGAGAUGUGUAAGCUUUCCUCACUGUCAUUAACCCCGGUCAACGAACUAAAAAGCAACCUGACAGUGCACAUAUCUAAGGCUAUACGUAGGCUACAAGUUCAAUAAGGUCAGGUCAAUAUGGUCUCAGAUAAAACAGUUCAAAACUCACAGAAAGUCGUCAUUAGACAGGUUGUGUCAACAAGUCCAGAGAUGAACGAUUCUAAAACUGAUAUUUCACUCAGAUUUGUCCUUCUGUGGUAGUCGCAUUACUUUGCCUCUCUCUCAUGUCAUAUAGAUAGUUUUCAAUGCAAAUAAGAGUGUGUAUUAAUUUUCUUUGUAAUUCUGGGAUAAAGACAGGAACAAAACAGUUAUUUUCCCCCUACGCAUCAUCUGUUGAGAUAUUAUCAGCAAAUUCUAGGUAGACCUUUAUGUUUGUUGACUGACAUUUCUGUCUGAGAAAUUAAAUAUGCACCUUUAGGGUAACAGGGUAAAACUGAGAGUAAAGCAAGUUAGUUCAGGAUGACCUGACUAAAAUACAUUGUUAAAUACUGCAGUGUGAUAUUAAACUUGGGUCACAGCAACAACUUUUGUGUUUAAAGUGGAAGAAAAUAGACUUGAAAAACCACUUCACGGAUGUUACACUGCUUGUUAAGACAGCUGUAUCUGUUUACCUAUUAAAUUGUUCAUGACAUUAUGUUUCCCCUUCCUAUUAUAUCUAUCCUUUUUAAACUAGUUAAGAUGAUUAACUCUGUGGCAUAUAAUAAGCUAGUUAGACAGCCAUGCUAACGAUGGCAGCUUAUUUAAAGUUAGCUGAACGAGAACAGAGAAAACACGUUUUAAUCUGUUUCUUACACUUUUUUCAAAUGCAGUUUUCCUGCUGAAUUAAAAUAAUGAAUUUGUGAAGCUGAAUAACUUUUGCUUUUGUUAUUUUUGGGUUUGAAAUUGAAGGAAAUAAACAGCUGUAUCUGUGUAACUAAACUAACUGUUCAUGACAUCAUGUAUAUUGUGUAUUAACCUGCAACCCUAUGAACUAAUACUAAUAACAGACUAAACAACUCUGUGAUAAGUAGAAAGCUAGUUAGCCAGCCAUGCUAUCAGCCAGCCUAGCUUAAUUUAGCUAACCUGGAACAAAAAUACACAUUUUAUUCUAUUGUUUACACUGUUUGAUGUUUGGGGGGAAAUGCAUGACCUUCUAAACUCUUCAUCACUUAGCACAUUCUGUCAUGGUUCUGUCAUUUAUUUUGUGAUCAUGGUUUUGAGUUUCCUGUUUUGUUUUGUUUUGUUUUGUUUUGUUUUGUUUAGUUUCGUAACUUUCUGUCUGUCGUGCCUCGUGUUUCUGCCUUGA